AUGUUGGCGGGGACUCGACACGCAACAUCAACGCCUUGGGCUACAACGCGAGAGAAGACUACCUUUACGCUCACGACUGGCCUCUUCAACUCGGGCGACAUCGACGAGGCUGGCCAGUAUUGGAUUUCUACAGGCGGCCUCGACUACUAUCAGUACAACUUCAAUCCCGGCACGGCAAAUUACGGCGGGCUCGUCAGCAGUGGCAAGCUCAGCGGUACUGGCGGCUACACCAUCGGUGACUGGACAGUCGUACCGGGCGUCGGAGGCGGUGAUCUUUGGUCCGUCGGCGUGAGCGGUCAAAACGCCUAUCUGCUGCGCUGGAGCCGGGCGACCAAGGCAUUCACGCUGGUUCGUAACCUCGGUAAUCUUACGGGAGCAAGUACGAGCACAACGCCUUUUUGGGGUGCCAGCUACGCGACCACGGAUGGAUUCCUGUUUGCCGUCGAGAAUGGAACGGGUCAGAUUUGGCGUAUUGCGGUCGACGGCUCUUCAAGUCCGCUGAGAUUGAAGGAUGCACCAGUGAGCAGCCGAAAUGAUGGCGCAAGAUGUUUAGAUUCCGGUGCAAUUGUUGUCGGCAGCUAA